ACGAGUAGUGCGUUCUAGACAGGGGCCAACAAAGCAGCACCAGGGCAAUUACAUCACAGAGGUCCCGGCGGAAACCUCAGCUUCCCCCCUUCCCCCCCAUCACCACCUCCUCACCCCACCCCAAUCUUAUUUUAAGUGGACAUAUCCUGCUCCUUGCUGAGAGGAAUACUGAUCGGUUUCCUGUUCUUGGAAGUAGCUCUCUGUGGGGAGGGGGCUCAGAGAAAUGGAGGGCAUGGCGAGGGAGUUCGUGAAAGGGAACAGCGUGGACGGGUCCAAUCAGGAGAGCGUCUCCGGGAAGAAGACGCCGCUGCUGGACCGCGGCCAGUGGGCGAACAAGCUGGAGUUCCUGCUGGCCGUAGCGGGGACGCUGGUUGGCCUGGGGAACCUCUGGAGGUUCCCUUACUUGUGCUACAAGAAUGGAGGAGGUGCGUUCCUGAUUCCCUACGUCCUGUUUCUGCUUGCGUGUGGUAUCCCGAUGUUCCUCCUGGAGACGGCCAUGGGACAGUACACAUCUCAGGGGUGCAUCACCUGCUGGAGGCACUUCUGUCCCCUGUUUGAAGGUAUCGGGUUUGCCACUCAGGUAGUGAUUGCAUACGCUGCUGUGUCGUACAUUGUCAUCCAGGCAUGGGCUUUCUUCUACCUCUUCUCGUCCUUCAGCGCUGAGGUUCCAUGGGCCAGCUGCAGGAACUCCUGGAACACAGAGUCUUGUUUUGAAUUUGAUAAGAAAAACUUAUCAUCCAACUGGACUGCGGCUGCAAACGCGACAACACCUGCAACCGAGUUCUGGGAGAGAAGAGUCCUGGGCAUUUCUAAGGGGAUUGAUGAAAUUGGUAGCUUAAGAUGGGAGCUGGUCCUCUGCCUGUUACUCGCAUGGAUUCUCUGCUACUUUUGUGUUUGGAAAGGAGUGAGAUCCACUGGAAAGGUAGUUUACUUUACCGCCACGUUUCCCUACCUGAUGUUAGUCGUUCUGUUGGCCCGCGGUCUCUCGUUGCCCGGAGCGAUGGAUGGCUUGGCUUUCUACCUGUAUCCAGAUCCUACAAGGUUGGUGGACCCUCAAGUUUGGAUGGAUGCGGGGGCACAGGUCCUUUUCUCUUUCGGCAUUUGUCAGGGGAGUCUGACAGCUCUGGGAAGCUACAAUCAAUAUAACAAUGAUUGUUACAAGGACACAUUUGUUCUGUGCCUGGUAAACGGCGGCUCCAGUUUUGUGGCGGGAUUUGCAAUCUUUUCUGUUUUGGGAUUUAUGUCCUAUGAACAAGGUCUGCCAAUAUCCCAGGUGGCUGCGUCUGGACCUGGCUUGGCAUUUAUUGCAUAUCCUCGUGCUGUAGCCAUGAUGCCCUUACCUCAGCUGUGGGCUGUUUGCUUCUUCGUCAUGGUCAUCUUGUUGGGCGCAGACACACAGUUUGUGAGCCUAGAGUGCCUGAUGACCUCAGUCACAGAUAUGUUCCCCUCCGUGUUUCGAAGAGCUUAUCGCAGAGAACUGCUGCUGCUUUGUCUCUGCACCAUUUGCUUCUUUCUCGGCCUCCUUCUCGUCACAGAGGGGGGGUUAUAUUUCCUCCAACUUUUUGAUCACUACGUAUGCAGUGGGAAUAAUCUUCUCCUACUUUCUGUGUGUCAGUCCAUAGCAAUCGGAUGGAUAUAUGGUGCCGAUCAGCUCUAUGAUAACAUCGAAGACAUGAUUGGUUAUCGUCCAUGGCCUCUGAUGAAGAUUUGCUGGCUUUACGUUACGCCUGCUGUGUGUCUGGGCACAUUUAUUUUUUCUGUGGUGAGAUACAAGCCUCUGAAGUUCAAUAAAACCUACGUCUACCCGACCUGGGCUUAUGCUUUGGGUUGGUUCCUUGGACUCUUCUGCGUUCUCAUGGUUCCACUGUGGAUCGUCUUUAAACUCACUCAGAUGGAAGGGACGCUUUUACAGAGACUCCGGCAGCUUUGUCGCCCUGAAAAGAUGAACAGCAAGAUGAAGCAACCUGAGCGGUACCCUUUGAACCCAGACAGCCCUCUUACACCUGGUGUUAGUGAAUAUAAGGGAAGUUGCGCAGCUGAGAUGGAUUUGCAAGUGUGAGACACUUUUAGCACAGAUAUAAAUACGAUUCUCUUUUUCAUUUUAAAGUCAUUUUUAACUCUUUGCGUUUUUAAGAAAUCAUUACGAGCAAUACAUUCUGAUGGGUUGCAGAUCAGAUCUGGUCUGAAACCUGCAUUAGAAGUAAUAUUAAAGUAUUGUUUUAUUUGUACACACCGAUGUGGUGUGGUGUAGAGCUAUAUGAACAUUUUGUUAAAGCUAUUUUCAUUUAAAAAAAGACAGUAGUUUCGUGUCUCCGUCUUGAUAAUGGCCAUGUGCUUGGUAAUUAUAAGCAUUUUUUUACUAAGUGAUGUUGUUAUACCGUCCCAAAAAUGUCAAUAAAUGGAGGAAUAAAUGAAAGAUAAAUAAAAUAAAGAAAAGCUUCUUCAACGUGA